AGCUGAAGGACUGCAGUAGACCGAACCUGUGCAGCCAUAGACUUUGAGAAAGGCAGAAGGCCAUUUGAAUCAUGGCAAGCCAGGCGUUUUCCCCAGAGGCUGCUUUCCCUCAUGGGAGGCGGAGGGAGAAAUGGGACCCCAGGCUUCUUUCAAGGGCAAGGACUUGAUGGCAAAAAAAAGAGAAUGUCUCCAGGCCUACAGCUGGUGGAGAACACCGCAGAAGAAACGGAAGAAAAAGAACAAAAUAAAGCCAGGAAGAAUAGAGUUUGUCCCUAGUAGUACUAAUUCAGUCAGACCAGAUUAUUCAAUAUUUGUUGGGGAGCUUACUCCAGAAGUGGAUGAUUUCCAGCUUUAUGACUAUUUCCUGAAAAGGUACCCUUCGUGCAUCGACUGCAAAAUAGCAACAGACCUGCUGGGAUAUUCCAGGGGUUAUGCCUUUGUCAGAUUUGGUGAGCAGGGUGAUCAGAUGAGGGCACUGCAGGACUGCCAGAAUGCACCAGGUCUGGGGGGAAAACGAAUCCGGCUGAGCAUAGGAAUUUCUAAAAGACUGAAAGCAGAAUUCCAGCGGUACCAGUCAUACAACUAUAAUGAUUAUUACCAAGAUUAUCAGAACUACUACUCCUCCUCCUCCUCGUCAUCCUCACAGUGGAAUUAUGAUCCGUAUGCUGAAUACAACAACUACAGCUCCUAUGCUCCCUAUGAUAGUAUGCAAGCUGUUGGAGACUGCUCUUUAGGAGAUGCUGUUAUGACUCCAGCUGUUUUUGAGGAAACUUCAGUUAUGACUGAAAUCAAUGAUGACCUAAUAACUGAAGAUCCACAGCUUUACUUUGAUGUUGAUGAAAUGAACAGACAAUUUAUGGAGACAAGUGAAGAACUGUAUGAUUCCCUUAUGAAUUGUCACUGGCAGCCUCUGGACACGGUCACUUCUGACAUCCCCCCUGCUAUUUAAGUGUCUUAUAGCAUGACCGUUAUGACCAAGGGAUGCUCUUGGACCAACAGCUUCUUUCUAGCGCUACCUCAAAGUAACUUGCAGAUAAAACUCACAGGGAAGAUUGAUCAAAUGGUGAUGAUCCCUAUUAUUCUGCUGGAUAUAUAUAUAUAUUUGCCUUUUGUUUUUGUUUCAUUUUUAAUAACCUUUAUUUAACUUCAGUGACUCAUGUCAGUAGACAUUGUUUGACUACACCAACAAGUAUUUGAGUCAUGAGUGUCAUUAAUCGCAUGUCACCAUAUGGAAAUUGUUCUACAUAAGUAAAUUGGAAGCAAAAUAAGUAAAUAAAGCAGCACUUGAAUUUACAGAGCAAA